AUGAACAAAUCACGGGCCUCUCACGACCUCGAUCAACCUCGAGGGCUAGUAAAAAAGAAAAACGACGACCCUGAGGGACAGAAGCCGCGCUGGCACAAGCGGCGCUUCCUUCUCUUUGGCGAGCCUCAGAUCGGCAAGACAGCGGCGCUCGUCCACUGCAUCGCCGCCUUAGGUGCACGCGCGAGGCAAAGGGACGUGGACAUCCUGCUCUCGGACGACGACAACGAUGACUCCGAUGAAGGCUGCGACGGCGCAGCGUCUACCAGUGGAGGCUAUCCGGACGUCGACGCCCUCAAGAAAGUUCACUUCCAGCACGACAAGGCCAGCCCAGCCAACGGCGACUACGGCGACCCGGCGUGCGACGCAGUGUGGGAGCACUACCAGAACGGUGGGCGAGGGGACGAGCUGGAUCCGGCGCUUAAAGUCCCAAGUGAGGGCAAUCGCGGCAUCAAAGAAAAUCCGGGCAAACAGUCUGCAGGCGCAGCGCAGGCCACGCAGCAACCUGCCACCGCUCGCAUGAGCCUUGUCCCAUACCUCGACGGGCGCAAAGGCAAGGGUCCGCCCGCGCUUGAGCGGCCCGCGCCCGUGCAAAUCAGCUUCCAGUCUGGCGAGUCAGGCUGGCUCUACAUCUCGGCUGCUCAGGCCGCAUGCUGGAAGCAUCUUGACGGCAUGGUGCGGCUUCAGAUUCCGGACGAUGAUUUCUGCCAGCUGCCGAUAUUCAUGCUGAGCUACAAGGCGGGCAGAGCUGCUCAGCUCUGCCUCGACAAGCAGUUUGUCGGCCGCUCGUACGUGCAGGUCGUCUGCAUCUACCCGGCGUCGGUGAUCGGCCAAGCGACGUUUGACCAGUACCUAACCCACCCAGACUUCGCCGACAUCUCCUUCUUCUUGCAUCCUGAGGUUGACUUUGACGAGCAGCUUCGUCUGCGAGCACCUCGCUCGGCGGCCAGUAGCUCGGAGGCAGGUGGCGACUACUUCUCCUCGGUCGGCCACUCGAGGUACUCUGCGCACCGAUUUGCCGCUGCGGUUUGCUCGGGGACGCGGCAUCGCUUCUAUGUGAUGCAUGAUGACAACGUUGCUGGGUGGAAACGCUUUAACCUCAGAGGCGGUACCUCGGUGAGCGCUUCUCUGUCCACGGUGCUGCGGUAUUUCGAGACGGGCCUCGGUCUACUCGGCGACGACCCACAGCCUGGCAUGCGCGACAUUGCGAUGUUCGGCUUCCACUCUUGGCAGGGAGCAACGCGGGACUCGCCGGCAAGUCUGCAGCGCCGCUCGCCCUUUCUUCGCAAGCAUGUCAUGAAGGUGCUCAUCAUUAAUCUCGACUUGCUCGAGUCCUUUAACUUUAAGCGACAGAUGCAUGCCAUGGAGGACCUCGACUUCAACUUGUUCAUCAGCGGCAAGACGCGGCGGAGUGGAGGGGGCUCCGAAUACGUCAGCCCUAAUGCAGCAGCCACCACCAACAUCAUCUGCAAGUGCUCGGAGUUCGCCUACCUGCGCAGCUUUGGUGGCGGCGGCGUCCCGAAGCCUACCGCCGCCCCGAAAUCUGUGACCCUGGUUCCUUGGGCCGACCUGAGCGAUGAGCAAAAGAAGUUGCUCACGGGCAGCCUCGAAUGCGAAUCUUGGACGGACGAGUUCGACGCGCAGAAGCAGCAGUGGAGGACUCACGGCGUAUCGCGGUCUCGUUUGGAGCAGCUUGGGGCGGAUGCGCCAGCCGCCGCGGCGUCGCACCCAACAGCAUCUGGCACGAGAGCGACCGGUCCCGCUCUUGCUCCCGCUUCGGGCGACUCGAAGGCCGACUCGAGUAGCGACGAGUCUGACAAUCUGCCGCUGACAAAGCGCGCGCGAAGGUGA